AACAAUAAAAUAUAAGAUUAUAAGUUAUAACCAAUAUGUUUUUGUUGAUUUUUAGAGAUUAGAUUCAUUAGAAUUUCUUAAUACAACAAAAUCUGCAGAAAUCGAUCAUUUAAAAAAUCAAAAGGCUGCUUUAGAAAAGUCUACUGAAGAAAUAAAAGAGAUGCAUAAAAUACAAUUAAAUAAAUUAGAUGAUGAAAUAAAUUGUCUCAAAAAAACAAUAAAACGCUGGCAAUUUGAAAAUGAACUAUUAUCAGAACAAUUUAAGACAAUAACUUUUGAACUUUUGAACCAGGAACGAUUUAAUAACAGUAAAAUAUCAGACAAAGACUAUAGUUUAAACAACACUUCUUUAUGCAUAAAUAGUAUUGAUAAACAGUUCAUGAAAAUGGCAAAUUUGAUUAACAUCUUGAAAGAAGAAAAAAAUUCAAUCAUUUUAGAAUUUAAUGAAACUAUUGCUGAGUGCAAUAAGUUGAAAUCUGAUUUACAUUACAAAUCUAAAGUUGUUGGUGACAUGCAAACUCAAAUGAAAGAAUUAAGACAGCUACAUACAUCCAGCUAG